AUGGCUGGAGUCGCGAACCAGCAGUUCACAAACCCACAACCACCACCACCACCACCGCCGCCGCCGAAGUACCAACAUGAUGACUGCGAUCAGAUGGUUCUCUGGCAACCCGAACCUCUUCAACAUCAGCAGCAGCAGCAGCAGCAGCAACAAAAUCAACAACAAGAAGAAGAACAACCACAGAAAUCUGAGCAACAACAGCAGUCGGAGCAACAUCGGAACGAUUUACAUAAUUAUCAAACUGUUGAUAAAUCGCCAAGAGAUCUUGAAUUGUAUGUGGAUGGCUUGAGCGCUGCCAUCACAGAGGAGACCUUGAAGACGCAUUUUGACCGCUUUGGUGAGGUGCUGGAUAUUGAUAUGUCCAAAGAUUCAUCAACAAACGAAGACAGUAGAGACGCCUUCAUUACGCUACGGACGACAGCGGAUCCCAGUCAAAUUCUUGAAACAGAGCAUAUUCUUUGUGGAGUGCCGAUCAAUGUUGAGGAGUGUGAAUCAUGCGAUGAUUUAGAAAAUGACUCAGUAUGGUGA